UUCAUUUCCAAAAAAGUAAUAAAAGCAAAUUAAAAUAGUUAAUGAUUGAAUGUUUCAAUUUUCAAUUGGUUCACAGCCUUUUUCCCACUGUAUGUGAAUGUGAAUGACCACCGUGUUUUGUGACAGACAGUGUAGUUGAUCUUCCUUCUCAAAGUCGUCUCCACGUUCUCUCUUCGUGCUCUAUGUAUGUUCCACUAUUGAUAUUUUCCCCUAAAUUAUACAUUUUUCUUCUCUCACUUUCUUUCCACUCUCUCUUUUCAUAAAUCAUUGUUCAAUUUUUCAUUUUUUGAGAUCUGUGUAUGCUGCAUUUUGUUCUUAUGUUUUGAUUUAGGUCAGAGAUAUUGCUGAAUUUGUGGGUUUCUUUUUAUUUAAUUGUGAAAUUUCAGUAUUGUUAGGUUUUGUAGAGUAUAGAAAUGUUGACUUUAUUGAAAGUAGUUUGUGGGUGUUGAAAUUUGGGAUAUUAGGGUUUGCUUGUGGGAGAGUUGAUCUGAAAUCUGAUGUUUGAUUUGGAAUUUCUGUGUUGUGAUUUUAUGGAGAAAGAUUGGAGUUUUGAGUGUUGUUGAAGGGUUUUGGAAUGUAGUGAGUGUUUUUGGUUGGUGCAUUGUCUUGUUUGAGGGAAGAUUUUUGUAGUGUGAGUGAUGGCUUCAGUUACUCUUUCUCCAAAUGCUUCUCCUGUUGUUGCUUUGCCUCCAUCAUCUAGUGUUGUUGUUUUGUCACCACCGCCACCAUCGCCUCAGUCGAAUCAAACAUCGAAUUCUCCUCCUCCUUUAUCUCCUUCGGAGCCUACGGCUCUUCCUCCUUCUGAUCCUUCAGUUCCUCCUCCUUCGCCUUCAGAGACAGUGCCUGAUACUCCUCCUCCUUCGCCACCCGUAUCUCCUCCUCCGUCUCCAACUCCACCCCUUUCUCCUCCACCAUCAACUACACCGCCGCCAAGUUCUCCACCACCAUCGCCACCACCACCAGUUGUAACAUCACCACCUCCUGCACCAAUUGUAACAUCACCACCUCCUGCACCAGUUGUAACAUCACCACCUCCUGCACCAGCUACCGCUGCCCCUCCUCCCGAUGAAACUUCACCUCCGCCUCCAAAUUUGUCUCCACCACCUCCAGCGUCUGGUUCCCCUCCCCCUAAAUCAUCAAAGCCAUCUCCACCACCUCCUUCUCCAGGUAAUGUAUCAAAGCCACCAUCUGCCAAUCCUCCUCCUGCACCACACGCAAAGCCACCAAAAAGUACGCCUUCACCUCCUUCACCUGAUGCGUCCCCUCCAUCAGUUUCUCAACCACCUCCUUUACAUGAUGCAUCCUCUCCAUCAGUUUCUCAACCACCUCCUUCACAUGAUGCAUCGCCUCCAUCUGUUUCUCAAUCACCUCCUUCCCCUUCAACUGUUCCACCUCCAUCCACACCAUCAACUCUUACUUCAGGACCUGCAGCAACUCCUACUAACGAAACAGUACAUGGUGGCAGUCCAAAUGUGCCAUUGCCAUCUAGACCAAGUGUUGACGGUUCUGGUAAUAUAGCCACAAACAACACUCCUUCACAUUCAGGAGGGUUAAAUACCGGAGCUGCUGUUACUAUUGGCGUUGUAGUUAGUUUAAUUGUCCUCAGCCUUCUUGGUAUCGCUGUGUUCUUUGUACAGAAAAAGAAAAAGGGGAAAGGAUCCAGAUCUGAUUAUGCUGCGCCUUCUCCAUUUACCUCGUCUCACAAUUCAGGUACCUUGUUCUUGAAGCCAUACACUCCAGCCAAUUUGAAUGGGAGUGGCAAUGGUAGUGAAUAUGUGUAUUCACCACCGGAGCCAAGUGGAGUAAAUAAUUCAAGAUCAUGGUUAACAUAUGAAGAACUAAUCCAAGCUACAAAUGGGUUUUCAGAGCAGAAUUUGUUGGGAGAAGGUGGAUUUGGUUGUGUCUACAAAGGUUUGCUAGAUGGAAGAGAAGUAGCUGUAAAACAGCUUAAAAUUGGCGGUGGACAAGGGGAACGUGAGUUUAGAGCAGAAGUUGAGACUAUUAGUCGAGUACAUCACCGUCAUCUGGUUUCUUUGGUUGGUUACUGUAUAUCUGAGCAUCAAAGAUUGCUCGUCUACGACUAUGUUCCCAACGAUACUCUUCAUUAUCAUCUACAUGAUGAAAAAGCACCCGUUUUGAAUUGGCCUAUCAGAGUUAAGGUUGCUGCUGGUGCAGCUCGUGGAAUAGCUUACCUACAUGAAGACUGCCAUCCACGCAUUAUUCAUCGAGAUAUUAAGUCAUCAAACAUCCUUCUCGAUCACAACUUUGAAGCUCUGGUUUCAGAUUUUGGGCUUGCGAAAUUAGCACUGGAUUCAAACACACAUGUAACUACACGUGUAAUGGGAACAUUUGGAUAUAUGGCACCAGAAUAUGCGACGAGUGGAAAAUUGACUGAUAAGUCUGAUGUAUAUUCCUUUGGUGUCGUGCUUUUAGAGCUAAUUACAGGUCGGAAGCCUGUAGAUGCAUCUCAGCCACUUGGUGAUGAGAGCCUGGUUGAAUGGGCUCGGCCUCUAUUGAUUGAAGCACUCGAUACAGAGGACUUUGAAACUUUGGUGGAUCCAAGACUAGAUAAGAACUACAACAGAAACGAAAUGUUUAGAAUGAUUGAGGCUGCCGCAGCCUGCGUGCGUCACUCCUCAGUCAAGAGGCCACGGAUGAGUCAGGUUAUGAGAGCUUUUGAUUCCAUGGCCGAGUUUUCCGAUCUGAAUAAUGGAAUGAAACCGGGGCAGAGUUCAGUGUUUGAUUCUGCACAACAAUCUGCACAGAUCAAAAUGUUUAGGAGAAUGGCUUUUGGAAGCCAAGAUAGUUCCACUUUCUUUAAUGAUUCUCAAAGUAGCUAUGGAAGUAGGAAUCAAGACUCUACAACUAUGCUCCCGCAAAAUAAAUCCCGGCCUUGGAACGUUCGAGACGACCCUUUAUAGCUGCAACAUAUCUGCAUAAAUUUUCACGAGCGCUCGUGCGCGCGCAUACACAUAGGUCAACCAGUAAUUUCUCAGUAAUAUCUUGGUAGAGUUGUUGCAUUUUUUCCAUUUUGCUGGGACAGAAGCUCUGGUGUACUGAUUUGUAAAUCUCUUAUUUUUUAAUUUUUAUACUAUUUUUAUUCUCAUUUUUCUAAUGUGAUUUUACUCUGGUGACAAGUGAAGGCUCUAGAAUCCAUGUGAUUUUCCUAAUAUUAUUUGAUAUAAAUAUUUUUAAUUCUUUUGACAUUCCUGACAGACCCAUAUGUU